UUGUUUAGAUAAUAUUUAGGUCCUUUGAUCAUCAAUUUUUAAAUGAAUGAAUGAAUAAAUGAAUGAAUGUAUUCCCCUUCCGGUUCAUGGAUAUUACAGAAGAAACUCUUCUUAUCCCAUGCAAUAAAAUGCACCAGUACGCCCACUUAUAGGUGUUACAGUAAUAGUACAUAGCUGCCAAUGUGGCCCAUUUAAUCCCUUUAAUAUCUAUCUGUCAACUUUAAAUUAUCCUUCUCCAGGUGCGUAACUUUCAAAGCACGAUCAUGUGACUGAAAAUGAGUGUCCUUUCAUCUACGAGGGCUAACCUCACAGGCAGAAGUCACAUAAAGAAGUAGAUAAAACAAAUUAAGAAAAAGGCUCCUCAACUUUGAUUUGAUCGGAGAUAAAACACUUCAUCCAAUUUCGGUUGGAUCGCAUCAAAAAGCCCGAAGAAAAGUGCGGCGGAGAGCCUGAAACAUCCACUUAGUCAUCUCAGAAGUCCCCAGAUGAGUGUGAAGAGCUGAAGGAGUGGUUUGCCUAGGACAUGAAGAUUACACAUAUAAAUAGCUAUUGGAUCCGGUGUCGUGAUGGGCUUUCCCAAAGAGCGGUCAAUGAUCAUGCAGGUCCAAAAGGAAUUUAAAAACUUCAACAAGAACUUGAUGCACAAUGACCUGAUGCUGCACACACCACAUACAGACGAGAUAAAUAACUGCUGUUCGACUAGAGCACUCAAAUGCUUCGUGAAAAGCCUGCCGCAGCUCCCAGUGCCCAGCUCCGGCGCCAAGGUCAAAGCGACUUUCAUCAAAAACCUUCAAAAGAAAAUCAUUGAAAACAGUGUGAGAACCUGCAGUGCAGUUGAUACUCAGAAUGCAGUCUGCAGAAAGUGCGAGUCAUACCCAGAAAGAAGCAGCAAGGAGUUCAUGGACUCACUGGAAACGCUGCUUCAAAUGACGCUGGAAAGACUGAGUUGAAGAGAAGACGGGUAUGCAGAGAGGAUACCAAGACACUAGUCCACGAAGAAGAUGAAGACCGUGUUGAUCAGACAUUCAUGAUUAAUGUAAAGCUUAUUUAUUCAUUAUUUAUUAGUGUAGCGUUUGUCCAUGUUUUAUGUUAGUCUCCGCUGCUGAGUUUGGAGUUUUAUUAAAUGGUAAUAGACAAGAGUAAGGGCUGUAUUUGACAUUAAAAAUUAGAAAUUUCAGGAGGAAUAUCAAGUGAUAGAUAUAUUUAAUUGGUCCCAAGGGAAAAAAAAAUAUUAAAAUAUAAAUUGUACUUUGGAGAAUGCAAGUAUUGAUCCCACAACUUCUCAUGUGCUAAGCUUGCAUUUAAUCAUUAGAGCUAAUUCCUCUUCAAAUGAGAGACACUGUAUAAAUGUACCACAAAGCAGUGAGAACCGAUAAAUAAUAAGAAUCCUCAGAAAAUAUUUAAUACCAACAUACAGGGGCAGGUUUACUCCAAAUAGUCAGCAUGUAAAAAGUCUCAGCUUUGUCCUCCAGCACCACCAAGUGGAGAUUGUGUGCAUUGUCAGGCGAGCGGGGCGAAUCCAUCCUCUUAUUUAUUUGCCAAAAUUACGAAGUGCAAAGCCGUGUUGUGGCAUCCUUCAUGGGAGACGAACCCCAAACUUCACUUCAGCAUUCUCUGCAUUGUUCGGAUGAAGUCAUAUAUAAAGAAAAUAAAUAUCUCACAAUGAGAUAGAAAAUAGUUUGUAUUAUUAUACAAAAAUGGCAUAAGAAACUU